UCUAGUGGGUAAUUGCUCAGCCCGCGCAGUGUUCGCUGUUCAACAUUGUAUUCAAUCGUAAUACAGAUAUAGUGUAGUGGAGCUAUAUACACAUAUACAUCUUUCAUCAUGUCUAUGGAAAUGGCAAAGCGGAUCGAGUUGGAGAAAAGGGGUAGAAAACCAUCAGAAAUUUUGGAACUGAACUUGGACAGUUGUCGUGCUCCCCAGAUUGACGGUUUAACAGAAGAGUUCUCAGAAUUAGAAUCACUUAGCUUAAUUAAUGUUGGAUUAACAUCAUUAAAAGGGUUUCCCAGCUUACCAAAAUUACAAAAGCUAGAAUUAAGUGAUAACAGGAUCCAGUCUGGCCUUCAAAACCUCCAGGGAUGUCCAAACCUGACACAUCUUAGCCUUAGCGGAAACAAAAUCAAAGAAAUUGAUACUUUAGAACCAUUGAAAAACUUCAGUGAAUUAAAGCACCUUGACCUAUUUAACUGUGAGGUGACCCAGUUAGAUGACUACAGAGAACAGGUGUUUGAACUCCUCCCCAACCUCAAGUUCCUGGAUGGCUUUGAUAGAAAUGAUAAAGAGGCUGAUGAAGAUGAAGAAGAUGGUGACGAAGGGUCAGAAAAUGAAGAUGAUGAUGACGAUGAUGAUGACGAUUUAGACAAUGAAGAUGAUGAUGAUGACGAUGAAGAGGGCGAUGAAGAUGAAGAGGAUGACGAGGAGGAGGAAGAAGAAGAUGAAGAUGGUGUAGAUGAUGAAGAGGUUGGUCUAGACUAUCUCCAGAAGGAAGACAUUGAAGAUGACUCCGAGGGUGAGGAUUUUGACCCUGUAGAUGGAGAAAACGAGGAUGAAGAAGAAGAGGAGGAGGAAGAAGAAGAUGAGGAACCCCACCGAGGGACCAAGAGAAAACAUGAAGAUGAGGAAGACGGGGAUGAUUGAUCCCCCGGGGGGGCCCCCGUCUGUAAAUCCAUGUAUAUUUGUACAGUUACUGAUAAAACCAUGUUGUUUAUUGACUGAUGAUAGCUCAGGUUUGCAGCACCUACACCAUCUCUCUGAUGAUUCCAGCCUACGAGUGCACUCGAUCUCAUCUCUCCUCAUCCUGAGUGCAUUUGCAGUCUUCUGAUAAAACUCGUUCUGAUACUGAGAGCAGCUUAGGUCAUCAUUCUUACAGAUUCUUGACUCUUAGAUAUUGUGAUCCAGAAGUUUUAAUUGAAAAUCAGAACAAGAGAAAAAACAUUCUUCAUGAAAUCUGAAAUACAUUUAAGUCUAUUUAUGUCUCAUGCACAUUAGUCGUCAUAGGUCAAAAGGUCACGUGGAGUGAAUGGAAUUCUAAGUGCUGAAAUGAUGUUUUAUGUUUAUCAUAUAUCACCUGAAGUGUUUUCUUGAAGAGUAAUAAAGAAUUCAUGUAUAAUGUAAUUGAUAUUUAAUUGGCAAGAAACUGAUUGUUUUUAUUAUGACUGUUAUUUAAUUUAAGCUCUGCCAAGGACAGAUUUUUUUUCAAAUAUGAAUUUUUGUUUCUGGUUUGUUGCGUCUGAUACAUUAUGCAUCUAAGUCUUGAAUUUUGCAUGUAUUAAAUAAGGCUGAGAUUACAAUGUUAGAGAUUUAAAUAAAUGAAGUGAAACUAGAAACAAUUUGCAUGAAAAUACUUUGAAGAAUUUUUUUAGUUUAAUGUUAUCGAGUUUUAUAUGUGACAUGUAUUUUAAUUAACACUUUAUUAAAUACAUAUCUAGGAUUUCCACUGCCUGUAAAUGUUCAUCAAUUCAGCACUAAUGUUGAAUGAAGUAUUGAUUGGGAAGAAAAAGCAAAUAUUUUUUUUUAAAUGUGUAAAUUUGUAAAUCAUCUCUAGUACUUCAUUGUAAAUGACAUCAAACUUAGCAAUUUAUGUGUAUAGUACAGCAAGAGGCAUAACUCUUGCAACAUCUUGAAAAAUUAAAAGGUUUUUAUAUUGACA